UAUGGGAUUACUUUUAAUGUGUCAGAGUUGGCCAGACUGUCGGAAAAUUCAAGUUUUAAACAGGUGUUUUUCGAAUGGAAUGAGGUAGCACGCUUAGAGGGGGAACAGCGAACAGCAGCAUUUGUUCUCACGUAUAGCGGUAGCUGUGAAGAGUUUUAAGUCACGAAGUGCGGUGUUUACGGUUUGUUUAUAGUGCACAAGACAUUCGCCAACACACACUCCUCUAAUUACAAGCGGUUCAUCAACGCAUCUUCCCUCAAAAGUUUAUUUUUAAUUCAUAACUCGGAGUUACCAUGACGUGCGGCAAUUAAGUUAUGUAAAGUGACCGUGUGCGUUCCUUUUACCGAUAAUGCCUCACCAGUACGGAUUACCCGGUAUAGCACACGCUCAGUCGCCCCCUACACCUCCACCCCAACAUGGGGCCAUGUACCCCAGGUUUUCUGGGGCAGUUGUGCCAGGUGGUUACAGAGGUGAAGACCGAAGACUCACCAGAGAGGCCAUGGAGAGGUACCUAAGGGAAAGGUCUGACAUGGUGAUCGUAAUACUGCAUGCUAAAGUAGCUCAAAAGUCUUAUGGUAACGAAAAGAGGUUCUUCUGCCCUCCACCAUGUAUUUAUUUGUUUGGGGAUGGCUGGAGACUGAGACAAGAACAGAUGUUAAGGGAAGGUGAAUCGGAACAAGCAUCACAACUUUGCGCUUUCAUAGGUAUAGGAAAUUCGGACCAAGACAUGCAGCAGUUGGAUUUAAAUAAUGGCAAACAGUAUUGUGCUGCUAAAACUUUGUACAUAUCAGACUCUGACAAACGCAAACAUUUUAUGUUGUCUGUUAAAAUGUUUUAUGGCUCUGGCCAUGAUAUCGGUGUGUUUCAUAGUAAAAGGAUUAAAGUUAUUUCAAAACCUUCAAAAAAAAAACAAAGUUUAAAAAACGCUGAUUUGUGUAUAGCUAGUGGUACAAAAGUUGCUUUAUUCAAUAGGUUAAGAUCACAAACUGUUUCAACUAGGUAUUUGCAUGUUGAAAAUGGACAUUUUCAUGCUAGUUCGACUCAGUGGGGUGCCUUUACAAUCCAUUUACUGGAUGAUAAUGAAUCCGAAUCUGAAGAGUUUCAAGUGAGAGAUGGAUACAUUCAUUAUGGCUCAACUGUUAAGCUAGUCUGUUCGGUUACGGGUAUGGCUUUACCAAGGCUGAUAAUCAGAAAGGUGGACAAACAACAAGCCCUUCUAGAAGCAGAUGACCCAGUGUCUCAACUCCACAAGUGCGCUUUUUACAUGAAAGACACUGAACGAAUGUACCUAUGUCUGUCCCAAGAACGAAUAAUCCAGUUUCAAGCCACUCCAUGUCCAAAAGAACCCAACAAGGAGAUGAUAAAUGAUGGUGCUUGUUGGACCAUCAUUUCGACUGACAAAGCAGAGUACCAAUUCUACGAGGGUAUGGGGCCUGUCAGGUCACCUGUUACUCCUGUGCCUAUAGUGCAUAGUUUGCAUCUAAAUGGUGGUGGAGAUGUGGCUAUGUUGGAACUUACAGGAGAUAACUUUUCUCCGUCCCUCCAAGUAUGGUUCGGCGACGUUGAGGCCGAAACAAUGUACCGUUGCCAGGAGAGCAUGCUCUGCGUGGUGCCCGACAUCUCGCAAUUCAGAGGCGAGUGGCUGUGGGUGCGUCAGCCGACUCAAGUGCCCGUUUCCCUGGUGCGCAACGACGGCAUCAUCUACGCGACCGGACUGACGUUCACGUACACGCCCGAGCCGGGCCCGAGGCCGCACUGCGCGCCCGCCGACGAGAUUAUGCGUCAAGGGCAGCGCAGCGGGGCUCUGGCGCAGUCGCAAUCGCAAGCUGCGAUCGCGGACGCUCCGUGGAACACACACGGUAUGCAUUAAGAUAUUUUGCGGUUUUAGAGGGUGUCCCAGCAAGAACUUUGAUUUAAAAAAUUCAUGUGCGUUUAGACCAGUCAGGUGAUGUGAAACUUAUUUUGGACAAUUCAUUUAAAUUCGUGUUUUGUUUUUAUUUGACAAUCAUUAUGUUCUUUAGGUUUCCUUCAAUAAUUCAACAUUUUUAGUGCUAAAAAUUUUAUUUAUUUUAUCUAGUAAUAUCAUUUUUAUCAGCCGUGACUAGGGUGUCGUAAAAAAAACGUAAAAAUUGGGUAAAAAGCUGUUUUUAUUUAUUAUUUAUU